CGCCCGACUCGGUUUCCUACCUCCCUCGGUCGCCUCCCGCCGCCUGUGUUGUUCUCCCAGCUCAGCGAGCGCCCGCCGUUCGCUCCCCCCUCCCGAGCCGCAGCCGCGAGCUGCCUGGGACCGGGAUCAGCUGCGCGGAGAGGCCUCUGCGGGCGGGUGCGCGUGGGCGGGCGGAGGACACAGGAGCGGCGCAGAUCUGCGGGGAGGCAGCGCAGAGAUCCCCGUCGCUGCAGGGUUAGCUCGGAGAUCCCCAUGGCGAUAGCGGACCUCACACACCCCCAUUAUUAUAGGGCUAGCUGGUGAGAUCGCUAUAGGGAUGGCUCAGUGAUCCCCACUGCUAUAGGGGAGCACAGAGAUCCCCACUGCUAUAGGGGAGCACAGAGAUCCCCGUUGCUAUAGGGGUAGCUCAGAGAUCCCCGUUGCUAUAGGGGUAGCUCAGAGAUUCCUGUUGCUAUAGGGGUGGCUCAGUGAUCCCCACUGCUAUAGGGGAGCACAGAGAUCCCCGUUGCUGUAGGGGAGCACAGAGAUCCCCGUUGCUAUAGGGGUGGCUCAGUGAUCCCCACUGCUAUAGGGGAGCUCAGCUUCACUGCUAUAGGGGUAGCUCAGAGAUCCCCAUUGCUUUCAGGGAAGCUCAGAGAUCCCCAUUGCUAUAGGGGUAUCUUAGAGAUUCCUGUUGUUAUAGGGGUGGCUCAGAGAUCCCCACUGCUACAGGGGAGCUCAGAGAUCCCCAUUGCUAUAGGGGUAUCUUAGAGAUUCCUGUUGUUAUAGGGGUGGCUCAGAGAUCCCCAUUGCUAUAGUGAAGCUUAGAGAUCCGCACUGCUAUAGGGGGUAGCUCAGAGAUCCCCAUUGCUAUAGGUAAUACCUGGAUCUCCAGCACAGUAAGGUUUAGCUUGGCCUGGGUCUUUCAGCACUAACUGUGGAGCAGCACCCUGUCCUGCUAUCAAGGGUGAGCCCUGUUACCUGUCCACCGGAGGCAUCCAGUGCCACCACUCUUCAUAAGAAAGGCCUAGGGGGACACAGGAGAGGAGGUAAUGCGGGGCUGAUGUGAUCCCAUCCCACCAGUGCCAGAGGAGGGAUGGAUGGAGAACUUCACGCCACUCUCCUCGGGGCAAAAAAUGGUGUCCGAAACACAUCGUAGCACCUGCCAGCUCUUCCCCGAGGUGGGGUGAGGGGGUUGAGGGUACCCCACAGGAAGGAAUUCCCAACUGUGCCUUCCUGGGCUCUCAAAGGAGUUCUGCACUCGGGUGGUAGCAGCAUCUACCAAUCCAAGGCCUCCUAUCAGGAUACUUCAUUAUGAAGCCGCAGGAAUUGACCCACAGUUGCUGCUGGAGUGAGCCAGUGAUGGGGGGCAUGGCGAGAGGGAAGAUGUGGCUUCUGCAGUGACUUUAACAGAUGAAAUCAUGCUCCCCCAAGAGAAUGGUUGGGUUUCUUGCUUCUCUUUCCUCCUGUUAGGUACUUAUUCCAUGGCUGCGGCAAGAAAUGCAAAUACACUGCUAGAGCUGAGCCCCCGGGAGUAUUUCAGCAGCUUGCAGCCGGGAAGAGCAUCCCUGGUUUAUUUUAGUCGAGACGGUUCUCCAGGUGUCCAUCUGUUUCUGGAACAGCUAGAGAACUCAGUUGGAGCUCUCCAGGACUAUGGGAUCUCAGUGGUGAAGGUUAAUUGUCUCAAAGAAGAUGUGUCAAGAUAUUGUGGGAAAGAAAAUGCCUUAAUGAAAGCAUACCUGUUCAGAGAUAACAUAUUGCUCAGAGAAUUCCCCACAGAUGCCCUGUUCGACGUGAAUGCCAUUGUAGCCAAUACCCUGUUUGCCCUCCUCUUUAACGAAGUUAAAUACAUUACAACGCUGGUGGAGCUUCAGAAUCUAGAAAAUUCUCUGAAGGGAAGAUCAAACGUCGUCUUUGCCUAUGUGCCAGCAGUUGGAACACCAGAGCACAGAGCAGUAAUGGAAGCUGCUUUUGUAUAUGGUACCGCCCACCAGUUUGUUUUAACCACAGAGGCGGCGCUGGCGAAGGACUUUGGCCAUGAAGAUUCUGAUGCAUUGUCUGCUCAGCUCUUCUUCUGCCACUGUCAGCGGGUCCCAGAUCUGACCCAGCCGUGUAGGAGGACUCCGAUGGUGCAAUCACUGACCACGCUGAACAUCCACACAUAUCUCAAACUGAUGGCAGCACCCAUUGUGACUGAAGUUGCUGAAGAUCCAGAAAAGGUUUCAACUAUCCACCUACAGCUCGGGCUGCCGCUGGUAUUUAUUCUCAGUCAGCAGGAGACCUAUGAAGCUGAUAAAAGAACUGCUGAGUUUGUAGCAUGGCAGCUGCUGGGGAAAGCAGGAGUUGCCCUCUUGUCAAGGGACUCCGUAGAUCUGAACGUUCUUCUCCGGUCUAACAUAGCCCUCAAGACAGCAGAAGAGGGUGUGCCGAUCAAAUACCUGGUUUUGGAAGACACUGAUGAAAUAAUAGCCCUUGUGGAAGACAAAAUAAAGGACGAACAGAUCCAGGAAGAUGAGGAUGAAAGUGACAAUAAUGACCAGGACAUUCAAGAUGACCAGGUGAUGGAAGCGGUUUACAGAGACAGGAAGCGAGAACUCCCUUUGGAACUCAUCCGUACCCUGACAGAAGAAACUUUUAAUGCUGCUCUGACGGAGACCGCUCACAUGGUGGUGCUAUUCUACGCCAGUUGGGAAGCGGUGUCUCUGGCGAUGUUGCAGUUGUAUGUAGAGGUGGCCAUUGCGUUAAAAGGAACCCAAGGAAUUUCGCUUGCCAAAGUAAACUGCUGGGACUGGCCUGAUGUCUGCAUGAAGCAGAAUGUCACCCAAUUUCCCAUUACCAAGAUGUAUGAGAAGGGAGAAAGAUCACUGACUUACACUGGCAUGCUCGGAACAGCAGAGCUGCUCAGAUUUCUCAGGCUAAGCAGCAUUUCCUGCCCUGCGAAGCUGACCACCAUUGAAGAAGUAGACGAAUAUUUAAGUGGGGAAGUCCAUGCCGACUCGUCAUCAUACCACAGCACACCAGUUCUGGGAAUAUUUCACCCUAGCAUGAAAGAAGCAAGGGAAGCUUUCGUCGAAGCAGGAAACAUGCUCAGGGGAUAUGUAACAACAGGACUGUAUGCUGAAGAUGAUGCGUUGAUUCUGGCCCAUAAAUAUGCCGUGCCUCUUCCAGCGCUGCUUCUAGCUAGGCGUGAAGAUCACAGAAUAGAUAGCGUCCCGCUGUCAAAACAGAGUGCACCGAACGUAGUUCAGACAAUCAGGUCCCAAUUACUGGAAACAUUUCCAGAAAUCACAGUGGAAAACCUCCCCGACUACUUGAGCCUGGAAAAACCCUUACUCAUUUUGUUCAACGAUAGAGGCCUAAAUCAAAGCAUAAGAAUGGAAAUGUUGAGUUUGGCGAAUGGAAAAGGCCGUGAGGCGUUUCUCGCUUGCUGGAUGAACUUGAAAAACACUCCUGUCGGCAGAGGAGUCCUGAAGGCCUAUUUCAGCACUCCACCUCCUCUGCCUCUUCUUGCCUGGGUGAACCGUCAUUCCAGCGGUCAAGUAUUCGCAUUUCCUUCAGACCAACCCGUCACCGAAACGAACGUCUUGUCUUGGCUCGAGAAAUUAAAAGCCGGGCUCGAGAUUCCCAGCGCUACUUUGUCUGAUGAAGCCUGGAAGCCUCCUCUUCCUGCUUACAAUUUCUUACGCAUGAUGGAGGCCACCCUGCCUAAAUUCACAGUGCACACAGUUUAUAGUCGUGGUGGCACCGAUGAGCUGCAGCAGGCAGAAGAGGUCUUGGAAGAGAAGUCGACAGUCCGAGAGGAGCAGGUGGAAGAACCCGGGCUGGAAGCAGAGGAAGGCCAGUCACCAGGGAGAGACUUGCGUGGCACGGUCCCAAGGCUCGCAGGAAGAGAGAAGUCGCCCAAGCAACAUACAGAGCUGUGAUGGCCAACGAUCAGCAUACGGGUACUAACGAAGGCCGUUAGAAGGGUGGCCAGGAUAUUUCACCCAUGCCGAUUCAAUGAUUAAAAUGGUCAUAGCGAUUCUUUAAAACCAAAAGGGAUGUGGUUGUGUGAGAAACUGGUUGUGGAGUGACGGCCGCAGCAGGAUUACGGUUUAAAGCCCAAUUUCCAAGCCGAUCAAUCACAGGUCAUUUUGUCUAGCGCAACAAUCUGUGUUACCGCAGCUGGGGUCUGAGAAUGUUCCUGGCUGCUGCAGGAUCAUCCAUCAGGUCACCACUUAAAUCUGACCGGUUUUAUUGCGUUUCUUGGCAAAUCAGGAAGGGAAAUAGCCCGGCAUUCUGCACUUUGCAAGCUGAUCAGGAUGUGUGAACAAGCCAAUUCCUAUUGCUGAGGGCUCUGUCCACACACCAAACUAUCCCAGUCUAGUUAAAGCCUAGUGUACGUACAGUUAUACUGGUAUAAAUGUGAUUACGCCAGCAUAAGGCACCUUUACACCAGUAUAACUGUGUCCACACUAGGGGUAUGUCUACACUACCCACCGGGUCGGCGGGCAGCGGUCGAUCCAACGAAGGUCGAUUUAUCGCAUCUAGUCUAGACACAAUAAAUCGACCCCCGAGCGCUCUCCCGUCGACUCCUGUACUUCAGCGUCGCAAGAGAUGCAGGUGGAGUCGACGGGGGAGCGGCAGCAGUCAACUCACCGCGGUGAAGACACCACGUGAGUGAGUCUAAGUACGUUGACUUCAGCUAGGAGCUGUACGAGUCUAACUAUGUCAGUAGAAAAAUCGCCGCCCUCCCGGAAAUAGUGACCGGUACAAAAGCUGCGUGUGGCGCUGGCCUGAGAAAGGAGAGCCAAGUGGGGAAGACAAGCACACUGGACUUCCCAGGUCUUGGCUUUCCCUUGACAUGUUUGUGUGUGACUGCUAGCUCUGCUCAGCUGAAUCCAUCACCUGCUGUUUCUGAGCAGGAAAGGGCCCGGAUGUACAAACUGGCUGGCUCCCUGCUGGCUGAUUGCAGGCAGCCGUCACCACUCAUGUCACUGUUCCUCCCAUGAUGACUAGUCGGGCUGCGACCUGAGCAGACUAGGGCGGGAGAGGGCGGAAGGACAGCCAUUCAGAGCUGUGCAAAAGGCAUCAGGGUUUAAAGGGUCUGCAGUGACCCAGACCGGAGAGCCAAGGCUGCUCCGGAUGCUGGGAGAUCUGCUUCACAUCCUCUCCCAGAUUGGGAGACGUACUGCCCAGGGAAAAGGCAGCAUCCCUUUGGCGCUUGCUUCCCUUGUACAAUCAGCGGUGGUGGUGAUCUGUGUUCCCUCUAAGGGGCCUGGCUGCGCGGGAGGCCGCACACUUAAUUAGCAGAGGCGUGCACACUGCACUCAGGAAUGCGGCCACACAUGGGCCUGGAAGAUGGCAAUGGGGUGAGGUGAUGGGAGAGCUUGGGGUGUGCGGGACUGCAGCAAUUCCCCGAGCCCCAGGGCUGCAGCGAGGAGAGAGGCACCUCUCCCUCCCAGCCCCAGGGCGGCGGCGAUGGGGUGAGGUGCCUCUCCCUCCCAGCUCCGGGGCUGCGGUGAUGGGGCGAGGUGCCUCUCCCUCCCAGCUCCAGGGCUGCGGUGAUGGGGCGAGGUGCCUCUCCCUCCCAGCUCCGGGGCUGCGGCAGCGAUGGGGCGAGGUGCCUCUCCCUCCCAGCCCUGGGGCUGCGGCAGCAAUGGGACGAGAUGCCUUUCCCUCUCAGCUCUGGGGCUGCGGCGGCGAUGGGGCGAGGCGCCUCUCCCUCCCAGCACUGGGGCUGCGGCGGCGAUGGGACGAGGUGCCUUUCCCUCUCAGCUCUGGGGCUGCGGCAGCGAUGGGGCGAGGCGCCUCUCCCUCCCAGCUCUGGGGCUGCGGUGAUGGGGCGAGGUGCCUCUCCCUCCCAGCCCUGGGGCUGCGGCAGCGAUGGGGCGAGGUGCCUCUCCCUCCCAGCCCUGGGGCUGUGGCAGCGAUGGGAUGAGGUGCCUCUCCCUCCCAGCCCUGGGGCUGCGGCAGCGAUGGGGCAAGGCUCCUCUCCCUCCCAGCUCCGGGGCUGCGGCGAUGGGGCGAGGUGCCUCUCCCUCCCAGCUCUGGGGCUGCGGCGGCGAUGGGGCGAGGCGCCUCUCCCGCCCAGCUCUGGGGCUGCGGCGGCGAUGGGGCGAGGCACCUCUCCCUCCCAGCUCUGGGGCUGCGGCGGCGAUGGGGCGAGGCACCUCUCCCAAUCCUGGGGCUGCAGCGAUGGGGCAAAGAGCCUCUUCCUCCCAGCUCCGGGGCUGCCGUGAGGGGGAGAGAAACUCUCCCCCAGCCCAAGUGCUGCUGUGGGAGAGAGGGCUGGAGGGAGUCCUCUCUCCAUGCUGCAGCCCAGGGGCAGCCUGCACCCCAAACCCCUCAUCGCUGGCCCCACCCCAGAGCCUGCACCUCCAGCUGGAGCCCUCUCCCCCGUCCCCCAACCCUCUGCCCCAGCCCUGAGCUCCCUCCCAAACUCCGAACCCCUCAGCCCCACCCCAACCACAAAUUAUCUCCAUAUUGGCGCACAUAACAAAAUUCAUUCCGCACAUGAGUGGGAAAAAUUAGCGGGAACAUUGAUGGUAACGUAUUCAUUUCUGGGGCCUAAUCCACAGGGGCACAGUGAGCACGGGCUGCAGGAUCAGGUGCCUGGUAGGUUUGGGAAGAAGUUUAAGGCCUGGUCAAGACCCAUUGAAGGCCGUGGGAAUGUUUGUGCACUGGAUCAGCUGGCAUCAGCCCAUUUCAACAAACUGCCCUUGGAACCAGCCCUUGACACCACUGGGCUCAAUUAUCCAGCCUCCUUUAUAGCGUUAACAACAACAACAAAAUGCUAAUCAGUUGCUCAGACCAUUAUAAACGCUGUGUUUUGCCAGACUUUUGCAUGCUGCCUAGGUACCCGAGUGAUGGGAGUUAUUUGAAAGGCCUGGGUAGAUAGAAAUAGACCUAGAGUCAUUUGGUUUUCUCAAGGGCCGUGACUGAACGGUCCAUUUCUUGACCUAGUUUUGAAGACAGGCUUCAAAGCAGAAGUUUCUCUUUUUUUUUUUUAAGGUUGUAUUAUAAAUCUAACAUAGGCCUGUCGAUUAAUUGCAGUUAACUCAUGAGAUUAACUCAAAAAAAUUAAUCGCACUGUUAAGCAACAGAAUACCAGUUGAAAUAUAUUAAAUAUUUUUGGAUUUUUUCUACAUUUUCAAAUAUAUUGAUUUCUCUUACAACACAGAAUACAAAGUGUACAGUGCUCACUUUAUAUUAUUAUUUUUGUGACAAAAAUUUGCACCAUAAAAAUGACAGACAAAAGAAAUAGUAUUUUUAAAUUCACCUCAUUCAAUACCAUAAUGCAAUCUCUUUAUCAUGAAUGUGCAACUCACAAAUGUAGAUUUUUUUGUUACAUAACUGCACUCAAAAACAAAACAAUGUAAAACUUCAGAGCCUACAAGUCCACUCAGUCCUACUUCUUGUUCAGCCAAUCGCUCAGACAAACAAGGUUGGUUACAUUUACGGGAGAUACUGCUGCCUACUUCUUGUUUACAAUGUCACCAGAAAGUGAGAGCAGGAGUUCGCAUGGCACUUUUGUAGCCACCAUUGCAAGGUAUUUACGUGCCAGAUAUAAAAAUUUUAUUAAAGCUAAUGUUAAAAUUACAUAAUACACAUGUUGAGAAAACUGUGUCUAUACAUCUGGGUAUAGUGCUUAGAUAAUCCACAGGUACAAAGCUUGUUUAAAAACUCAUAAGAUACAUAUAGUACAUAAUCUGCAAUAACCCAAAUUCAGAUGAAUAAAUUUAAGUUAAGUUAUACAGAGAGUUAGUUGGUUGCUGGCACGUGGAGUUCUCUGCUAGCAGCAGGGAGAGCUUGCUGGCAUAGCCACGAUACACAGUUACACCCCAACAAUUGUCACGUUGAUCCUGUUGAAAUCUAAGUGCGUUUUACUGUUGACGGUAGUGGGAGCAGGAGUGGACCCUUCACCGCCCCCCGAACAAGGCUCUAUACGUUGCUGAAGACCCCCAGGCUUAUGGAGGCUUUAAAUUAUGCCCAGUUUAGGCUCUUUGCUGUCAUGAACUUCACUCUUGGUUCAUAGGCACAACCAGUAAGGGAAAUUCCAUCCACUGUUCACAGCUCUUGGAGAGAAAAAAGCAAGGGAUUAUUGAGGUGCCUAUGCCAGAAAUCUUUAAAUGAGCCCAAAAGGAAUGAAGACAAUAUCCCCCUCUUUGUCCAAUGCACAUUUAAUAGCAAUGCAGCCUUUGUGUGUGAGCAGGUAACAGUUUACAUGAAAUGUUGUCUUUUAUCUACACCAAACUGACUCUAAAUACUAUGUUCUUAGGCUGGCACUGUUCAUUUUGGGUCAGAUCCAGGAAAUGUCCCUGUGCUAAGUGUUAAAUCGAGAUUGGAUGUCUUGUUCGGAUGUUAUUGGCUUGGUUCAGGAAUCACUGGGUGGAAUGCUAUGGCCUGUGUUAUGCCGGGGAUCAGUCUGAAUAAUCACGGUUGCCCUAAAAUCUAUGAAUAACUGCUCGGGUGAGUAGCCGUGCUGUGGGACCACUCACCUUAGUAAAGCUAACCGUGUGCAGAAGGAUCAGCGCCCUGAGUAGUCCCAUUGAAGUCAGUGGCAGUUUUACCUGAGUGAGGAGCACAGUAUCACAUCCUAAAACAGGUUAGAUUAUUCAAUGUAGUUUGGAAUUUUUACCUGAGAAGAUUUACUGAAUUUUCCGACACCAGCAGAAAACUUAAGACCAGCCUGAUCCGUGCAUACAAGGGAGAACUCCUCAGAUGUCUGAUGUAUACAGCUGCAAUGUUUGGUUAUCGUCAGAGUUCUCUUCAUCAGCUGACAAAAGGACUCUGGGUUACAUUAAUGUAUUUGCUUUGGGUCUGAAGCAAUCCCAGGGAAGGAUAAUGGAUGGACACAGCAGCAAGAGAAAAAAAAUCAUCGACAAACUCAAGCCAUUCAGGUGGCUUUGAGUGGAAAAAAAAAUACUGUGUUUGCAGGAAGAAGAAGAGGUCUUGAAUCCUUAGUACGUCUACACUGCAGUGUAACCCCAGGGUCCAGACUCAGGCUCAAGGCUAACUCCCCUUCUGUCUAAACACAAAUCACACUAGUCCAAGGCUCAGACCCAGGGUCCCAGGACCCCCCAGGGAUGCAGGGUCUUGAGUCUGAGUCAAGCUGGGAACCAGGGUUCUAGCCAUAUUGCUUUGCAGCAUAGACACAAUCCCACUGGACUCGUGCUCUGGGAGUCUCAAAAGUAUCCCACAGGCCAACUUUGUUCUCUGGACAGUCAAGUUUGGUGGACAGUCAAGUUUUCCCAUGCUGCACCACAAACAAAGGGCUAGAAUGGCCCCUUAUUUGGGGAGGAUGCUAGGAAUUCUGGGAUAUGGGUGGUUGGACUUGGGCACACAUAAUGCCAUGUAGAUGCAGGAGCCCUAGGUUGGGACCCCAGGGUUCAACCCUUCCUAACCGGAGUUACAAAUGAGUGGAGAUGCUCAAGUUUUUAACAAACCCAGCAUCGGGUCACUCAAGUUCUGCUAUUUCCGGGCUUAUGUUGCAAUGGAAUAGCAUUAAGAUACAGAAUGAAUCCAUGUCGUGCUUCAAAACAAAUCCUUUUCAGUGCACUGUACAUGUCAAGGGAAUGGAAUGAGGUUGUGUGUGUUGGCUUUGUGCGAUGUGUGUAUUGACGCAUUUAAGUUAAAUGAAGCACAACUACAGUGAGCAUCGAUUCUAUCUGCUUCCUUCUCGAACAUUGAAUAUUAAAGUGUAAUUUCAUCUGUUUAAGCCGCAGAUCUGUAUUUUCCAGGAUGUCAUGUUUGAGAAUUGCAUGCGUAGGGCAUUGUGACUUGAUGUUGUGUGCCUGAGACACGUGGUAUUGACCUUUCAGGUCUUUUCACUGAACACUUUUUUCUUUUUUGACUGUGUGCGGUUUACUGGGACAUAAUAAAGCUGGUAACUUUCA